AUGGAGGAUGCCACACACUCGACCCCGACGGAGUCCCUUCCAUCGGUCCCUCUGCUCACAGUGCCCUCCAGUCCUCCAGACUCUCCCUUCGUCACCCCGCUCUCGUCCCCUACCCACACCUCUUUCUCGUCCCUAAUCAACGCCUCUCCCUCGUCCCCUACCCACACCCCUGCCUCCUCGCCCACCCCUCCCAGCCACAACGCAGACAAGAACCCCCCUGCAGCUCCCGAUCUCUUCACCCUAACUCCCCUUCGCGCCCACUAUCUCAAGAAGCAGCUUAUCCAUUUGCAGUUCCAGCGCGAACUUGAUGCUCUCGUUGCCGCCCCUACAAAUAACGUAUCCACCUUUUCUUACCUCGGUCCCCCAUUCAGCCCACCUCCCAGAGAUGCGCCCCAGCUUGAACUCCCCCUCCUGCGGUAUUGGUUCCGCCAUUUUGUCAUCACCUUCCCCUUUCUCGCCGCCGCACCCCGCGACUUCUUUCCGGAGACGCUCCAGCCGUUCAUGGUCUCCAUACUCUCUCGCAACCUCUCCCCGACGUCCGUCUUAGACGAUGCUCCAGAAGAUGCCGAAGACGCUACCCGCACUCGUAUACUCGCCAAAUUCGAGAGGAACAUGGCCAUGCUCACUACCAGUGGUACCAAGCUUGUCGAACCGGAGGAGGUCGUACGUCUCACUCAGGCAGAUCUUACUAGACUCGAAAAGCUUGCAGAGAAGCGCGCUGCCAGGGAAAGAAAACUCAAAGAUCUGUUUGACGUGAACGUCGUUUGUGUCAGGACCGUCACCGAGAAGAGGCGCAUACGAAAUAGGGUGCACGAGGAGUUUAUCGUACGCACUAGACGCGCUCGCCACCCCGACGUGUUCGUUUCACGGCGGUAUGGUGACUUCAGAACGCUGGCCGACGAACUCCGUAAGGCGCACCCUUCCGAGACGAUCCCCCCACCACCAGCUAAAGACCGCACCUUUGUAAAUGUCACCGUCACAUCCCCUUCUGCCUCCCCGCCGUUGUCCGCCGGCUACUCUACCUCCGGCUACUCCAGUGGACCGCCAUCCAUGAUGACAAGUCCCGCCACAUCCACAAUACGCGCACCCCUUGUGCAAGGGAUGCCCGGGGUGUACGACCUGCCGAGCUCCAGUAGCAGCUCGAGCAGCGACUCGUUCUCCAUGCAGCCUCCACUCAGCCCCACGUCCUUCUCCAUGCAGCCUCCGACUAGCUCCACGUCGACCUCCGGCGGCAUGAACCAGCAGGCGUCACGCCUCGCGCGCGAGAAAAAUAGGCUGACGCUGCGCUCAUAUCUCCACACACUCCUCGCGUCCUCCGAGAUCGCGUCAUCGCCCGUCCUGCGCUCAUUCCUGCUCUCCAGUCCGACCAAGCUCUCGCCGGAGGAGGUCGAGGAUGCACGCCGGCGGGAGGAGGCGGACAGCGUGCGCGAGGACGGGCGCAAGCGCUUCGCACAGGAGAUCACCUCGCGAGUAGACGGACUUCGCGAUGCAGUGCGGGGCGUAAAGGGCGAGCUGCUAGCUAAAGAUGGCCUCACGCGCAUCUUCGCCACGAUCAAGCAGACGGAGGACGUGCAUAAGCUGCCUGAGAAUUAUCAGGCGGUCGUGGAAUGGGCGCGAAUAACACUCGCGUCGACGGUCUUCCAUCACUUCGUCGCGGCCGAUAAUGCGUCCCAGAGCUUUGCUGGGCUGAAGCGUAUACACGGCAUGAUACCGUACUUCAUGCUCAAGGCAGCGCUGAAGAUUAGCAAUCCCAUGGGGAUGAUUCGGGGUGUUCUGGACCUGUUCCUCGCACAACCGUUUGGCGGCCGCAGUCUGCUGCAGCGGAUGUUCACGGGUUCGCUCAUGGAGGAGGUGCGUGCGCUGGAAGAGGACAUCAAUGCAGUCAAGGUGAAGGUCAGCGACGACCCGAUGUGCGAAAAGGUCCGUCUCUUCGUGUAUGCUCCCCGCGAGAUCCAGGCGGUGUACAAGGCCGACGCUGCUGCGGAGAACGUGCACAUAAUCGCUGCGGUGCUGCGCUCCCGAGAGGACCCCGCGCUCACGCGCCAGCAGAUGCAGCGCGUGAUGUAUGCACACCGCGCGCAUAAAGAGUACGUCAAAUAUACGGAGACCCUUACCGACUCGGACGACGAUGAGGGCCCGCAGGAUGAGGCGGCGUGGCUCUUCGAAGAUCUUAGUGUAUUAGCGAAGCUCUACUCACGCCUGCGGGACCGCGAGCAGCUGAUUGAGCUCAUCUUCGAGGGCACUACUGCUGAGCUGCUCAAGGAUAUUAUCACAAUAUUUUAUGCCCCUCUGGCGCAAGUCUACAGAGCGGCUAGUAUAGCGGAUUCAUUAGGUGACGUGCAGAACUUCAUCAAUGAUCUCAUCCGAACCGUGGAGCAGUGCGAGGAUUCGAGCCAACUGGAUCCAGCGCAGACUGUCCAGGUUUUCAUAAACCUUAUUCAGCGGCACGAGCAGUCAUUCUAUAAUUUCGUUCACAAAGUCCACUCGAAAGGCGAGGGUCUCUUCAGUGCGCUGAUGCAGUGGAUUGAGCUCUUCCUCACGCUAAUGCGCGACGGGCUGGGUGAGCCGCUGUCGCUCGAGUUCCUCCUGCCACACACGGGCCAGGAGCGCGCGGACAUCAUCAAGGAGGUCGACGAGAUCGCGCUGUACCAUUACAAGCUCAAGGUCGUUUAUGAGGACAAGGACGAGAUGGCCGCACAGCUCGUGAACGGCGUCGUGCGGGAUCUCAGCUUCGGCGAGCUCGUCGACGGCGAUGUAGACGACCUCGCGGCAGAGGAUACGGACGAGGACGAUGAUUCGAGCUCGUACGAAUCGUCGUCCGGCACGGGUUCCAGUGGUGACGACGAUGACGAAGACGAAGACGAUGGGGAAGACGAUGAGGAUGAGAGCGAGAGCGAUGGGAGUACCGAGGGCAACGCCACUGAGAGUCCUGCGCAACCAGUUCGUCAGGGUCCACCCGUCGCGCGCUCCCACACGAUCACGAUCGGUCAUUUACCGCAGCUGUCACGCCCGACACCGUAUCCCAAUCGCAAAGCUUCUAUGGAUGUACUGUCGGGCUCGAACAGGCCUACCCCCAGGCCUCCACAACGGUCGAGGACGAUAUCCGCUCCGGGCACACCAUUGAUUCGCUCCCCUCCUGCCAUGUAUAAAGACGUCCCACCAACACCUUCCAGGGUUCGCACUCCUACUUCCGCACCACUGCCACGGCGGUCGCCACCAGCGGGCGAGCGGCGUCGAGAGAAAUCAAAGCCUCCACAACCACCGAAGAAGCGCAAGGGGUGGGACAUUAAGCCUCCAGAGCUCCAGCAUAUCCCGACGUUACUUCCGAUCUUUCGAGAGAUGUUGAGACCUCUGCUCCAGACGCACAAUGGCGGAGCACCGCGGCCGUCGUCAUGA